AUGGUUUGGUUUAUUGAUACACGUAGUCGUUAUUUGGAGCCACUGAGUGACAGAGGAAUGUUUUGCAGGUUAUGCCUCCUUGUCCAGGAUGCCUAUGGUAUGUUCAGUGAAGUGCAGUUACAGUCCCUGAGUUCUGCGGAUGACAUUGAGCAGUAUUGCAGGAGAUGGGAAGGAAAAUGCUGCUGCCUAGCUGGAAUGAAAAUUUUGCAAAGAACUACAAGAGGAAGGGCAUUAGGACUUUUUAGUCUGAUAGACAGCCUGUGGCCUCCAGUAGUGCCUGUAAAAGUUCCUGGACAAAGUCAAGACUCUGAAAUGAUGACCACUAAUCUUCCUCCUCCCAGCUUCUGUUAUAUUCUUACUGUUCAGUCUGGUGAAAUACAUGUGGAAGUGGAUGAGGAAGAACAGAUUUCUAAUUUGUACCAGCCACCAGCUGUUCAUGGUCUAAAAGAAAUUCUUCAGAUGGAUGGUUGUAAUGAACGUUGUAGCUUUUGGGCGCAAGUGCUAUAUCUAAGGCUGCAGACAAAGCACAAUGUUCCUAUAAAUCAAAGAGAGAUUUGGUUGUUUGUGACUGACUCCACAUUGCAAAAUGUGGUUCGUAUAAUUCCAAAAGUUGUUGCUGUGUCAGUCGCUGCAUCGUGUGUGCUCAGUACGGAAAUCACAGAAGCCCUCAGUGUUGCCUCACGACUCGUCUUCUUCAAGGAUGCACUGUGGGGAAAUGGUAGGAUUAUUUGUGUUGAACGUACUGUUCUCUUAUUACAAAAGCCUCUUUUGUACUCGGCUGCCGGUGCUGACCUCAGUGAGCUGACUGGCCCUGUCAGACUCGAUGAGCUGGAUUCUACAACACAGGCCAACUCCAUUUGUGCUGUAAGAGGUACUGUUGUUGGAGUUAAUGAGAGCACUGCUUUCUCCUGGCCUACAUGCGACAGAUGUGGCAAUGGAAAGUUGGAACUGUGUCCCCAGGACAGGGGAUCGCUGUAUUGCAACCAGUGCUCUGAAGUUGUCAUUUCACCAGUUUUGAAAAUGCAGCUGGAAGUCUUCUUGAGUUGUCCAUCCCGAUCUCAAAGUACAGUAAAAGUAAAGCUGUUACAAAGGACAAUCUCUUCUCUCCUGAUGUCCUCCGCCAGUGAGGAUGGGAGUUAUGAGGUGCAGAGCGUGCUGGGAAAGGAGGUGGGGUUAUUGAACUGCUUCGUCCACUCCGUAACCAGCCACCCCAACUGCGUUGCACUGGAGGAAAUUGUUCUUCUGGAAGCAGCAGAAAAAGGGGACGUCAGCCCAUUCCUGCGUAGAGGACGCGGCCCUGUGUGCGACCAGGGUGGCCCCUUGGAAGCCCGCGAGCUCGCCCUCCCUCGAAAAGCACUGGCUGCUGGCGGUGCCUGUCCUCCCAGGCCAUUUUUCCGCCAGCGCCCUACAGGUGCUGUCACCUUUGUGCGUGCACUGUCAAAAUUCAGCCGAGUUGCCCAACCUUUCAUAAUACCACGCUCGCUCAGAGCUCGGCGGUGUCGCCUGCUCUCACUUUCACUAGCAGUGGUCAGUGAAAGUGGCCGGCUCCCGCCCGGCCAGAGCCCACAGCGGGCUGGGGCGCGGGUGGGCAACACGCGGCUGGCUCCAACGCAGUUCACGCUUCGCACUGUCCCGCGUGCAAACCGCUUCGAGCGG